AUGGACGGCACCACUUCACCGGAUCAACAACCAACGUCGAACCCUUCAGCAGGCCCAUCAGCCAACAUCGUCUUGAAAGCAGCAGGCUUCAACCCCCUCUCCCAACUCCUCCCCAACACCACCUCCGACCUCCACACCUUCCACCCCAUCCUCCCAGAAUCCCACAGCACCCGCCUCCUCUUCACCGGCUGGUCCUGCACAGCCUUCCUCGCCGACAACACCCUGCACAUCCAAGGCCCGGAGCCCCUGACCCAGUCUCUCGACCUAGACGUAGCGACGACCCUGCAUUCCGCAUUCGGCGACCACGACCGGUUCCUCGGGUGUCUGAGCACCACCAACGGGGCCCUCUACCUCCUCGACCCCACCGUGAACCGCUUCGAGCGGCAAGGCGACGACGACUCGCCCCGGCUCGGCUUUGUAGCUCUCGCCGGCAACGGCGCACUCGCUGCCACGAUCAAACAACUCCCCUCCAGCAACCUAAUGCACCUGCUCUACUUCCCCACUCUCCCGGACUUCCUCGCCUGGUUCACCGACCCGCCGUCAGUGCAACUAGACUCUUCGACCCAACAUUUCCCUCUUCCAGGCCGGCCGAGCCAGCUCGUCGCUGGCGCCGGAACUUUCACGCUCUUGAUGGAAAGUGGUGAAGUGUACACCUGGGGCGAUCCGCGAUACAGGAGUCUUGGACGGGAUAUUGCCACUUCGCCAGCAGAGCAGCCGGGGCCGGUGGAAGCGCUGGGUGGGUUGAAGGUCGUCAAGGUCGCUGCUGGGGGUUGGGUGAGCGGGGCGGUGAGUGAGGAUCGGGCGGGGUAUGUGUGGGGGACUGGGACGCUGGGGGAGGAGAGGACGAUGGCGCCGUUGAAAGAGGCGGGUGGAGAGGUGGGGUUGGUGGAGAUCGAGAGUGCUGGAGAGGUGGCGGAUGUGGUCGAUUUGGCGGUUGGAGAGGGGUUUAUGGCGGCGGUCGUGGAGGGUGGGACGGUAUUUGUUGUUGGCGGGAAUCGGUGCGGGCAGUUGGGUCUGGGAGAGGGAGCGCCGGAGUUCGUGGAGGAGUGGACUGAAAUUUCGGAUAUGCAUGACGUGCAGAGCGUCGUCUGCGGUCCCAAGGCCAGCCUCAUAUACCAGAACCCGCCACCAUGA